CCCGACAUCCUCAGCUCCGCCCCGCCUUCGUCAGCUGCAGCUUUGCUUCGGCUUCCCCAGGUCAGCUGACUGGUGACUUCUGGGCUCUUCAGACUGAGAAACUUGUGGUGUGCUCACUGCUCAGGAGGAGAGCUGCUGGGGGGUCCGGACACCAAGGAUUGUGUCCUCCUAUUUCUUUUUUUUAAUCAAUCCAUCCUAAGAGAGAAACCAUGACUCCGGAACAGAAGAAACUGAUGAACAUCUUCAUCUUGGGCUUUGCCUUUAUGUUCAUGUUCACUGCCUUUCAGACUUGCGGCAAUGUUGCGCAAACUGUUAUCUCCAGUUUAAAUAACACAGAAUUCCGUGGCAGUGGUUACACAAGCAUGGCCAUCAUAUAUGGAGUGUUUUCAGCUUCCAAUCUUAUAGCUCCUUCUGUAGUUGCCUUGAUUGGCUGUCAACUUUCAAUGUUCGCGAGUGGUUUAUUUUACAGUGCCUAUAUUGCAAUGUUCAUCCAGCCCUACACCUGGUCAUUUUACACAUUGUCUGUUUUAAUCGGGAUUGCUGCUGCUGUGUUGUGGACUGCCCAAGGCACCUGUCUGACUGUGAACUCCGAUGACAAAAGCAUUGGACGGAAUAGUGGUAUCUUCUGGGCUCUACUGCAGUUCAGUAUGCUUUUCGGGAACCUUUAUAUCUACGUUGCAUGGAAAGGAGAAGCUACCAUAUCAGAUAGGGAUCGCAGGACAUUGUUUAUUGCCCUCACUGUCAUUAGUUUGGUUGGGACAUUCCUUUUUUUCCUUAUUCGAACACCAGCGUCCAACACCAUCCAACAGAACGAGGAGGAUGACGGAAGCUCUGAGAUCCUUGAAAGCAACUUGACUUCACAGAGCAACAUGUCAAAAGCAGUGGAUGCCUUUGUAAAAUCUUUGAAGCUGUCCAUCACCAAAGAAAUGCUGCUGCUAAGCGUAUCUAUGGCUUACACAGGUUUUGAACUCACCUUUUAUUCUGGUGUGUUUGGCACUUGUGUUGGCGCAAUCAACUGGUUCGGAGCCGAUGCUAAGAGCUUAAUUGGUCUAUCUGGAAUAUUUGUUGGCCUUGGAGAAGUUUUAGGUGGAGCAGUCUUUGGAUUACUCAGCAAGAAUAGUCGCUUUGGCAGGAAUCCAGUCUUUCUGUUUGGUCUUGUUGUUCAUUUUCUUGCUUUCUACCUGAUCUUCCUCAGUAUUCCUAGUGAUGCCCCUAUUGCCUCACGUGAUGGGACUUACAGUCGAGCGUAUGUAGAUCCUAGCAAAAUCCUGUCCAUGUUCUGCAGCUUUCUGUUGGGUUUAGGGGACAGCUGCUUCAACACUCAGCUCCUCAGUAUUUUGGGGACCUUGUACUCAGAUGACAGUGCACCUGCUUUUGCAAUAUUCAAAUUUGUGCAGUCUAUCAGCGCAGCUGUUGCAUUCUUUUAUAGCAACUACCUCCUCCUGCAGUGGCAGCUGUUAAUCAUGGUGAUAUUUGGAUUCUUUGGCACCAUCUCAUUUUUCUUUGUGGAGUGGGCAACGGUCAGCUUGAAUCCUCAAGAGACUCGCUACGGCAGUAUCUGAUGAAGAUGUGCUGCUCCGCCGCUGCUGGUUUACGGAGUGAAAAGGUUCAGAGCUUGUCCAGCACCUUAGAGGUUAAUUAAGGAACAUUUGGAUCUGCGCUGGCCGCAGGACAUUCCCUAGAGCUACUCUGUGCUACUUUUUUUGGAUUCAGGACAACUUUGACGUGACCAUAAUGCACUCUGUCCCCAGUGUCUUCUGGGAAAAGGGAAAACAUAUGGCAGUGAUUCACAGACCUUGAUAGUGCAAUAGCUGCUACGCUUCUUUGCCUGCUGUUAUUACUUGAUCAUGUUUUACUUCUGACAAUUACAAAGUCUGAUUACUCACAACCCUUUGAUCACUGAAUGCAAUGAACUUUAUCAGGCAUCACACUCCAUGCCCUUUUUACCAUGUGAUAUUUUAAUGGCAGUUUUAUAUAUGGAUGUGGGGGGUCUAUCGCACCGUGACUAUAUAGCUAGAAAUACUUGAUGCAAAAAAUUCCUGUUAUGUCCGAUUUUGAAAUUGUGUUGGUGCCAAACUGUAUCCCACACACUUUUUUUAAUUUUUUUUUCACUUUAAGGAAUGUAUAGUUAGCCUUUUUCAGCCAUCAUCCAAAGUUUUUGGUAUGUUUUACACUGCUCUUGCUAUUCUGUAAAUUGUUUGCACUCAGGUCUUUUUAAAAACGAA